AUGGAGGAGUUCAAGACGCAGCCAAUGCUUCUGAAGGAGCCGGAGGAGGAAGAAGCCGCCAUGCUUGGGGAACGAGGGAGCGAGGGAGCCGCUGGCGUGGAGGUCGAAUUGAUCGCAAACGGCGAAGGCGAGGAAGCGGAGAAGCGGCCGAGCGACGAGCUGUACUUCACACGCUCAGAGCUCUUGCUGCAUGAGCGUCUGCAGAAGGAUUUGGUGAGCCUCAGGAACCGGACGGUGCGACGGGUGGAGUGGCGCCUAGAGGGCUGCAGCAGGUUGCUGGAGUGCUGCCGCAGCGGGGACUCGGUGGACAGCCCCAUCUUCAGUGCCGCCGGUCUGGAGAGGAUCCAGUUCCACUUCUUCCCCCGAGGUUACGAGCCUACAUCAGGCUCCACUUCGCCUUGCUCCCUCUUCGUGAGUGGGCCCGACCGGGGCGUGGCCAUACGAGGCCUGCUUUGGGUGGGCAGCCAGGGCCGGCAAUUCGAGCACCGCUUCAAGAGCCGCGGGGACAUGGGUGGCCGCCCCAAGUUCGGGCCCUUGGAGCAGCUGCAUGACCCCCAGGACGGCGUUAUGAUAGCCGUCGACUUGGCAGAGGUCGAGCAAGAGUUGCCUGAGCACAACCAGUCGAUCGUGCUCCGCGACGCACGCGCAAGCACCAACUCCGACACUUCGCCCCUGAGCCCCAGCCGCCAAGUGUCCAUGGCACCGCAGACGGGGACCCGGGCAUCCAUGCGGCUGAAGCGGGAGGACCCGUCCAAGACGGAGGAGCUGGUGAAGUGCGUGUCCUUGCCCUCGCUGAAAGCGGGGAACAUGUCACAGAUGAGCAUGUACAGCACCAAGUCUCGGCGCUCCCAUGGAUCGCGGCGUCUCUGGUCCCUGCUGGUGCCUGUGGGUGUGCUGGCGGCUCCGGCACUCCGGGCCUUUGUGGCGCCCAGGGCCAUCUCCCGAGGGCUUACAGCGAGGGCAGCUGAGGAGGAGGAGAAGCAGACAGGCCAUCAGGUGAAAAAUGCCGGAUCCUUCAAGAUGGACCCGGAGGAGAUGGAGCUGCAGCAGCGGGUGCGGGAUCACCAGGACGGCGCCGAGAAGUUGGAUGCCGCCACGGAGGUCCGGACGCUGGUGCAGUACAACCACGGCUUUGCCGUGAUGAGCACCAACAGCGUGUCGAUGCCUGGCUACCCUGGCGGCUCCGUGGUGGGCUUUGCGCCAGACGAGAAGGGCCGGCCGCUCUUUUGCUUCAGCUCCAUGUCCAGCCACACUCAGGACCUGCUGAAGGACAAGCGCUGCUCACUGACCGUGGCGUCCAAGGAGUUCAAGGGCGCGGCGGACGGGCGCGUGAACCUGCUCGGUGAAGCGACCCCCCUGGAGUCCGAGGAGAUUGCGGCGGCCAAGAAGCUCUAUCUGGAGAAGCACCCGAAGGCCUUCUGGGUGGAGUUCGGAGACUUCACCUGGUAUCGCAUGGAGGUCCAGAACGUUCGCUUCGUAGGGGGCUUUGCGCGGGCCGGCUCGGUCACCGCGGAGGCGUACGCAGAGGCGAGCCCUGAUCCCAUCUCCGGCUUCGGACCGGCGGUGGCGAAGCACAUGAACGACGACCAUCGAGAAGCAACCAUUGCUAUGGUCAGGAACUACGUUGGCAUCGAUGUCGAAGAUGCCGAAAUCACUUCCAUGGAUAGCCUGGGGAUGUACGUCAAGGUGUCCAGAACUCCCAAGGCGGAAGAUCAGAUGCAGCAGUUCAAGCUGCGACUGCCCUUCGUCCGAAAGCUGGAGACGCGCAAGGAUGCAAAGGACGUCAUCGUGGAGAUGACAAAGGCAAGUGCAGAAUUCAUGCCAUCGAAAUCGGAGAAAGCCGAGGCGUGA